CUAGGAACCAAAUACUCGGUAGUAUGUUUCAUCUCGGACACAUUUUCGAACCGGACCUACCAGAAGUCGGGAGUGCCGAUCGUUUAGGUAACCAACUGUUAAACCAACCGUUGUCUCCGUGGAAACCAGCCGUUGUCUCCGUGGAAACCAGCCGUUUGAACCAGCCGUUGUCUCCGUGGAAACCAGCCGUUUGAACCAGCCGUUGUCUCCGUGGAAACCAGCCGUUUGAACCAGAGAUGCCUAAAAAGAAAACCGGUGCCCGUAAAAAGGCAGAGAGUCGUAAGGAGCGAGAGAAGCAGUUCAGAGCCAAUCGUGAUGUUAUCGAUGUGGCUAAACACCCCUGCAACUUCAACAUGGACUGUGACAAAUGUCAGAGAAAACAGAAGAACAGAGCUUUCUGCUACUUCUGUAAUUCAGUGCAGAAGCUGCCUGUCUGUGCUCAGUGUGGCAAAACCAAGUGCAUGAAGUCAUCAGAUUGUGUCAUCAAACAUCCUGGGAUCCACAGCACUGGAAUGGCCAUGGUGGGAGCAGUAUGUGACUUCUGUGAAGCUUGGGUGUGCCACGGCAGAAAAUGUCUGAGCACACACUCCUGUGUGUGUCCUCUGACAGAUGCAGACUGCAUAGAAUGUUUCCGUGCUGUUUGGGAUCAUGGAGGGCGGAUCUUCCGCUGUUCCUUUUGUCACAACUUCUUGUGUGAGGAUGAUCAAUUUGAACACCAGGCGAGCUGCCAAGUCCUCCAGGCAGAAACAUACAAAUGUGUUUCUUGUAAUAGACUGGGACAACACUCCUGCCUGCGCUGUAAGGCCUGUUACUGUGAUGACCAUGCCAAGAGUAAAGUCUUCAAACAGGAGAAAGGCAAAGCCCCACCCUGCCCUAAGUGUGGUCAUGAGACUCAGGAGACCAAGGACCUCAGCAUGUCAACUCGCACGCUGAAAUUCGGCCGCCAGGCUGGUGCCGAUGAUGACGAAGAUGACGACGGAGCGUCAGGGUACGACGCCUACUGGAAGAACCUAGCAGCCGGAGGCGGCCAUCAGGACAACUAUGGAGAGGGUGAUGACUAUGAGGAAGAUGAUGAUGAUGAUGAGGAGGAAGACGAUGACGAGGAGGAGGAAGAAGAAGAAGAGGAAGGUGAAGAGGAGAAAGCUGCCGAUUCCGUGGCUGCUCUUAAACUGGACGGGGCUGCCUGAGCUUAAACAGUCCCAUAGAUCAUAAUGAGCCUCAGCAGAUGUUCACUUGUCACAAUGAAGGAGUCAGUAGGGACUUACAUUAAGAAAUCAACUAAAGCUGCGUAUCAAUAACAGUACAGUUACUUACUCUGAGGAAUAUAAAUGUCUUUCUACAAAACUCACUCAAGCAGCCACACAAGUGCUCGAAGCAUUGUAGAAAUUGACAAAAAUAAAUAAACAAGAUCAUGAAUCUGACCAGACAUUCAAAAGAAUUAAAAAAAUAUUGAGUUUUCUAUUCCCAUCCCCAGAGACAAAUCUUUUUGUGCUUUGUUGUUACAUUAAGGGCUGGAUUAAUGCACAUGGAUGACUCGGGGCCAGAAUUAGCUUGAGGUAAAUUUCCAUAUCAAGUUUCCCUUGAAUUAUUUUCUGAAUCUUCCUCAACAUAGAAGCACAUCAAUAUGCUGGAUAACGUAAACAUGCGAUACAUUUCUUAGGAUCCUCAGUCAUAAUUAUUUCAACUUUGUUUUGGAGAUAUCAUGUUCAGUUUGGCGUGGCAGAUGGCUCUAAAUACUACAAUACCCAUGCGCCUCAGUUGCAUCAUUGCAGCUGUGAACAAAAAUGUUGCUAUAUUGGCCAAAUAUUAUCCACAAUGUUAACAGGCACCUGUGAUAUUUUCUCAUGAAGUUGGUGAUCUUUUUUACUGUUACUCCUUUUUGAACUCUGGGUAACUGAAAUAACCCUGCUCAUUUUGCAGCUCAAUAAUGCAUAAGAAUAAGAUUAAUAAUAAUCAUCACUCUCCCCCUUCUUAAAGCCCUCAUAAUUUGAGUUGAUAUUGUUACUUUAGUGGUGUUUAUUCUCAAGUUGGCAGUUAAUGCGUGUGGUUGGUAAUCCAGCCCUGGUUAUGUUCUGAAAUAAAAAGUUAUAUUCAAGAUGUCUUUACUGUGUGAUAGGUGUUGUUCUGCUGAGCAAUUAAUCUGCUGUUUAUGUUUAAUUGGAUUGGGUUUACCUCCUCAAUGCAACACAGAGCUGAUCUAAACAACUUGUCAUGUUUACCCUGGUUCUUGUAAUCAGCUGCAUUUGUGGAGACACAUUUGUGUUAAAUAUG